UUCAAGAUGGAAGGGAAUGGUACAGAAGUAAAUUGUACUGGUCUUCACCUGCCAUUUCAGUACUCCCUGUAUGCUGUCACAUAUAUUGUGGUCUUCAUCCCAGGCCUUUUGGCCAACAGUACAGGCCUCUGGGUCUUGUGGCGCUUCAUUAGCAAGAAGAACAAGGCCAUCAUCUUCAUGAUCAACCUGGCUAUUGCUGAUCUUGCCCAUGUUCUCUCGCUGCCACUGAGGAUCUAUUACUACAUCAAUCACCACUGGCCUUUCCCAAGGUUCCUGUGCCUUUUCUGCUUCUACCUGAAGUAUCUCAACAUGUAUGCGAGUAUUUGCUUCCUGACAUGCAUUAGUCUGCAGCGGUGUUUCUUCCUCCUCAAGCCCUUCAAGGCCCGAAACUGGAAGCGCAGGUAUGAUAUAGCCAUCAGUGCAACCAUCUGGGUCACUGUGGGGGCCGCCUGCUUGCCCUUGCUUGUCAUGAGAAGUGUCAACCUGGCCAAUACCUCCAAUGAGACCUGCUUUGCCGAUCUUGCAGUCCGACACAUCAGCAUGGCUUCUUCCAUCGCCAUGAUCACCAUAGCUGAACUGGGAGGCUUUGUGAUCCCUGUUGGCGUCAUUGCCUUUUGCACCUGGAAGAUGAUGAAAUCCUUACAAGACUACCAAAUGCCCCCCCAGAACAAAAGUGAGAAAGAGAAAGCCUUGCGGAUGGUCCUGAUGUGUGCCAUGGUCUUUUUCAUUUGCUUCACCCCAUACCACAUCAAUUUCCCAAUCUUCAUGAUGCUGAAACAAGACCUUUUUUCCAGCUGCUCCUUUAUGAAAAGCAUUCUGUGUUUCCACAUUAUUUCUUUGUGCCUUGCUAGUAUGAAUUGUUGCCUCGACCCCCUGGUGUAUUAUUUUAUGACGGCUGAGUUUCGGGAUCAGUUGUCAUCUCGUGGCCUCAUGAAUGUCCUUUCCCGUUUCACAUCCAAGAGCAACAACUUUGGCUUUAAUCGCAGACAAGAUGAGCUUCAAACCAUUACAUUCGAGCUUCUGGAUGACUUCAAACCACUUUAA